AUGGCCCUGCAUGGCCUCGUGACCCCUCCCCCCCACCUCCCCUCCCGCUCAGCCUUCCUGCAGGAGGAGGUGCGCAGGGCUGGUGUGGCGCUGCCCCAGGCGGAGGGCCGGCUGCCCGCACCCUCGCCCCCAGACCUGCUGCGCAUCCAGGAGGAGACAGAGCGCCUGGCCCAGGAGCUGCGGGACGUGCGGGGCAACCAGCAGGCGCUGCGAGUCCAGCUGCACCAGCUGCAGCUCCACACCGCCGUGCUGAGCCAGAGCCACAGCCCCGUGCCAGCAGCUGCUCACACCGAUGGGCCCUCCUCGGAGAAGACCCCCCUGCUCCUGUCCGCCGCGGGGCCACACCAGGACCUGAGGGUCAACUUUGUGGCAGGUGCUGUGGCGCCCCACAAGGCCGCCGCCCUGGAGCGCCUGCUCUGGAGAGCCUGCCGCGGCUUCCUCAUCGCCAGCUUCCAGGAGACUGAGCAGCCGCUGGAGGACCCCGUGACGGGUGAGCCUGCGACAUGGAUGACCUUCGUCAUCUCCUACUGGGGCGAGCAGAUUGGGCAGAAGAUCCGCAAGAUCACAGACUGCUUCCACUGCCACGUCUUCCCAUUCCUGGAGCAGGAGGAGGCCCGGCGUGGCGCUCUGCAGCAGCUGCGACAGCAGAGCCAGGAGCUGCAGGAGGUCCUGGGGGAGACCGAGCGGUUCCUGAGCCAGGUGCUGGGCCGUGUACAGCAGCUGCUGCCACCCUGGCAGGUGCAAAUCCACAAGAUGAAGGCCGUGUACCUGGUGCUGAACCAGUGCAGCGUGAGCACCACGCACAAGUGCCUCAUCGCCGAGGUGUGGUGUGCCACGCGGGACCUGCCUGCCCUGCAGCAGGCGCUGCAGGAGAGCUCCAGCGAGGAAGGAGUGAGCGCCGUAGCUCACCGUAUCCCCUGCCGGGAGCUGCCCCCGACCCUCAUCCGCACCAACCGCUUCACCGCCAGCUUCCAGGGCAUCGUGGACGCCUACGGUGUGGGCCGCUACCAGGAGGUCAACCCCGGUGAGAGCCAGCGCGGGCUCACCCCAGGCCAGCCCUGCCAUCUGU